AGAAGAGAGUAAAGAGAGGGCAGAACCCCAGAUCAGAAUGCAGGCGACGUCCAGCCUACUCAAUCUCCUGCUGCUGUCUCUGCUUGCCGGAUUAGAUCCUUCCAAGACUCAGGUCAGUCCCAAAGAAGGGUGGCAAGUGUACAGUUCAGCACAGGAUCCUGAUGGACGAUGCAUAUGCACAGUGGUUGCUCCAGAACAGAACCUGUGUUCCCGCGAUGCCAAAAGCAGGCAGCUUCGCCAGCUUCUGGAAAAGGUUCAGAACAUGUCCCAGUCUAUCGAAGUCUUAAACCUGAGAACUCAGAGAGAUUUCCAAUAUGUUCUAAAAAUGGAAACCCAAAUGAAAGGGCUGAAGGCCAAGUUUCGGCAGAUUGAAGAUGAUCGGAAGACACUAAUGACCAAGCAUUUUCAAGAGUUGAAAGAGAAGAUGGAUGAACUCCUGCCCUUGAUCCCCGUGCUGGAACAGUACAAAACAGAUGCCAAGUUAAUCACCCAGUUCAAGGAGGAAAUCCGGAAUCUGUCUGCCGUCCUCACCGGGAUUCAAGAGGAAAUUGGAGCCUAUGACUAUGAAGAACUGCAUCAAAGAGUGCUUAGCCUAGAAACCAGACUUCGUGAUUGCAUGAAAAAGCUGACAUGUGGCAAAUUGAUGAAAAUCACAGGCCCAAUUACAGUCAAGACGUCUGGAACCCGAUUUGGUGCCUGGAUGACAGAUCCUUUAGCGUCUGAAAAGAAUAACAGAGUCUGGUACAUGGACAGUUAUACUAACAAUAAAAUUGUUCGUGAGUACAAAUCAAUUGCAGACUUUGUCAGUGGGGCUGAAUCAAGGACAUACAACCUCCCUUUCAAAUGGGCAGGAACUAACCAUGUUGUCUACAAUGGCUCACUCUAUUUUAACAAGUAUCAGAGUAACAUCAUCAUCAAAUACAGCUUUGAUAUGGGGAGAGUGCUCGCCCAACGAAGCCUCGAGUAUGCUGGUUUUCACAACGUGUACCCCUAUACAUGGGGUGGAUUCUCUGACAUCGACCUAAUGGCUGAUGAAAUUGGGCUGUGGGCUGUGUAUGCAACUAACCAGAAUGCUGGCAAUAUUGUCAUCAGCCAACUUAACCAAGAUACCUUGGAGGUGAUGAAGAGCUGGAGCACUGGCUAUCCUAAGAGAAGCGCAGGGGAAUCUUUCAUGAUCUGUGGGACACUGUAUGUCACCAAUUCCCACUUAACUGGAGCCAAGGUGUAUUAUUCAUAUUCCACCAAAACCUCCACAUAUGAGUACACGGACAUUCCCUUUCAUAACCAAUACUUUCACAUAUCCAUGCUUGACUACAAUGCAAGAGAUAGAGCUCUUUAUGCCUGGAACAAUGGUCACCAGGUCCUAUUCAAUGUCACCCUUUUCCACAUCAUUAAGACUGAGGAUGACACAUAAGCAAAUGUAACUUGUUUUCACUGAUCUAAGCAGUGUCAUUUGUGAUAAACUCUAUAGAAUUCCUUCUGUUUUUCCUUUAUUCUAACUUUUCAUCAUUUCUCCAAAGCAUUUUUUUAUUAUAAAGUUGGUCUUUCAAAAAUCAGCUAAGCCUGUCUAAAUUAACCUGUUGGAAACACAUCUUAACUCCUAAAUUUACAGGGCCUAUCAUGUCCUUGUCAUGAAAAGCACUAAAAAGAGCUUAAGUGGCUAAAGUUAUAGUUUUGCAAAAGAUUAAUGAUCUGCCUUAUAUUAGAGUCAGAGACUAAUGAUGGCUUAAAUGCAUGAAUGUCUUUUUUUUUUUAAAUUCUGUCAUUUUUUACUGUCUUUUGCUCUACAUCAGGAAAUAUUUUGGUAGGAAUUAGGGAAAAAAAGCACUUUCCUCCCAUUUAUUUCUAAAAAAAGAUUUAAGGGUUUUAUUUAUAUGGAAAAAAUAUAUUACUCAUUUUGCUUUAUAGAAUUCUCUGAUGCGGUGCUGUACAGUCAUUUUUAAAUCUCUUGCUAACAUUUUAUUGGCAAUAUGUAUUUCUACCAUUGUAACCACCAUUGUGCAAUUGUAUCUCUUCACUUCUGUGAAAGUAAGUAAUAUUUUUUAUAAAAUACACUGAAGUUUAAUCUCAGUAAUUAUUAUGUGCCAAUUUUCAAAUGUGGUCAAGAAGGAAAUAUCUUCUUGGCUUGCCCCUUUACUUAAAUUUGUAAACUAGAAGGAAAAUCAAACUAAAUCCCUUAUGUAGAAUAUUUGUUUUACCCCAAGUUUUUUGGAUCACUAACAUCUAAUGCUAAAACUGAGUUUUGUGGAUGAGUUACUCUGUUCACGUCACUGAAAGCAACACAUAUUGUUGCUUGCAAAGAUGCAACUGAGUCAGAAAAUUUGGAUUUGAGUUGACUUUACUCACUUAUUAUACAGCCAAAUUUUGCUCUUCAUAAAUAAAUAUAUUAAUGUUUUAACUUAAACUUUACAUACAACUUGCAAUAAUGUAAUUACUUAUGUCAGAACUCUGGAAGUACAUGAAGCACAUAUAGAAACUCUUAAAAAGAAAACUCUGUGAGGUCAUCUAGAUUUACAUUAUGAGCUCUAGAGAGUUACUGGCAACAUUAGUGCAAAAGAAAAUGAUGGGAAAAUGAUGGGAGUUGUCUGUGCAGCUUAAAUGUGCAAAACAUCAAUUCAGAAAAAAAGAUGGGAAGGCAAUCCCUUGUUUCCCUGAUUCAUGUGUGCAGAAAUAAUGUAACCAAAAAAGAAAGCUUUAAUAAGAUUUUAUGUUAAUAACUCCAAAACCAUAAUCAAUAUUUAACAAAUAUAUCCUUGAGUUUGGAUGCACUUUCCAUAUGUUAAAAAUACUUACCUAAGGCAGUUUUGCAGAAACUAGUGUGGGUUGGUUUUACAAUUUAAAAAGUAUAUUCUAGAACAAAUAAUGUAAAACUUAAAUUGUGGUCAAUGUUUAUUUUCACACACACAUGAUAACAAUUUCCUUUGUAAAGUAAGGAUACAAUAAUUCAGAUAAAGCACUGUGUAAAGUAAUGCUCACACUUAGGAGUAGUUCAUUUCAAAUGUCACCAGUCAUAAUUCUCAAAUAUCUCACUGUCAAAGUCAUAGAAUUAAAUAAUUCAAUCUUGAGAUUGUUAAAGUUUAACAGAGAUUUCAUUUGUUUUUUGCCUACAGAAAGUUAGCAUGACUUAGUGACCACUCUGGGUCCUUUUGCAAUGUUGUCUUCUCUUUUAAAAUGCUUAUAUAAGUUCUCCUCUGCCUUUGAAAGUUAGAAAAUUUAGGGGACUCACUUGUCAUUGUCCACACACCACAAAAAAUAAUCAGCCAAUACUUUGUAUAUCAAGAAUUUGUAUGAAGAAAGAAAGUCAACUUCAAAAAUGAAUGAAUUUUUAAGUAGAUGCCUCUGAUGGAUAUCUGGGUCUUCAUUACUUGUUUUUUAAAAAAAUGAUGUAAUAUAGUAUCACAUACAUUCAAAACCUGGAUGAUCACAGCUUUUUUGUGAGAUGUGCAGCUUGUAAAGCACUUUAUUGUUUUCUAUGUAAUGUUUCAUCACCAUAUCCAAUUUAUAGUGUAUGUGCUGCUAGGGCAAGCACAGAUUUUAUUAUUGUCAUAGAAGUGGGGGUAACAUGAGUUAAAAAAUGUGAUUUGCAUUAAACACUUACAGUUUAAAAGCAUUUUUCUUAAUAAAUUAUUAUCAGUUUUG